AUGGCGAGUGUCACCAACGGACAAAAAGCCAAGGGCAAGCUUGAUGGCACCAAGUUCAUCAUCAUUGGCGCUGGUUUCGGCGGUCUUGCCUCGGCGAUUGAGUUGAAGAAGCGCGGUGCAGAAGUGAAGGUGUUUGAAUCGUACCCAGACAUGAAGAAGCAAGGAGAUGUCAUCAUGAUCGGUUCCAAUGCCACUUGCAUCAUAAAGCACUGGGGCUCGGUGCUCGACGAGCUUCUGCCCAUCUCGUCCCAGCCUCCAGUCAUGUACAUCCAGGACAAAGCCGGAAAAGCGCUUCUCAACCAAAACUUGCCUGCCGAGUUCGGGGGACAUCCCAAUCUCUACACUAACCGAGGCCGGGCGCAGAUGUUGAUGUACGAAUAUGCAGUAUCUCUGGGUGUCGACAUCUCCUUUGGGACACCCGUCACCGAGGUAUUCGAGGAUGACAACUCGGCGGGCGUGGUGGCGGGCUCCAACCGAUACACCGCCGACGCUGUCAUCGCUGCUGACGGAGUUCACAGCAAGACUCGCAACUUUAUCACCGGCCGGACGGAAAGACCGAAGAAAAGCGGCUUCGCCGUCUACCGCUCUUGGUUCCCACUGGGUAAUCUGAAGAACGACCCAGUCACGGCGCCUAUUGCCGAGUCACCGGACUCCUUGUUCAAAAUCUGGAUCGCAGAGGACACGCACGCGAUCCUAACGACAAACGUCAAAUUACAAGCAGCGACAUGCUUCGUCACUCACAAGGACAAAUCAGACAUCAAAGAAGACUGGAAUCUCCCCGGCGACAGGAAAGAUAUGGAAAAGUGUGUCGAGGGAUGGGACCCGUUGUUGAUCAAGAUCAUCCAGCAGAUCCCGCCCGAGUGCCUGAUCGACUUUAAGCUGCUCUGGCGAGAUCCUGUCCGACAAUGGGUCUCUCCCAAAGGCCGCAUCUGUCUUGUCGGUGACGCGGCUCAUCCUCACCUGGCCACUUCAGGCACGGGAGGAGCCCAAGCCAUAGAAGACGGAGCAACACUGGGCGUGCUCCUCGAGAAGUUGGACGGGAAGGACAUACCUCUCGCUUUCAAAGCGUACGAGAAACUCCGCCUGACACAGCGAAUGGGCUGGGAAACACGACACGCAUGGCACCAGACAGACUGGGAGUUGGUGGCCAAGAAUCCCCAGGCCCUCUCGCUACCGCAACCCGAAUGGCUGAACGGAGUCGACGCGGCCAAAUACGCCGACGAGAGAUUCGACGAGGUCAUAGCACAUCUUCAGUCCGGGGCGCCGUUUGUCUCCAAGAAUAUCCCCGAAGGCCACGUCCAUGAGGACUGGACGAUUGAGCAGAUGUUGGCUUACGAGGGAAAGAAGGUCGACGAGAACUUUUACCAGACACGAUGA